AGCCACCUUCUAAAAGAAGCAGAGAUAUUACACAAAGCCAGGUUUAGUUACAUUCUGCCAAUUUUGGGAAUUUGCAACGAGCCUGAGUUUCUGGGUAUAGUAACAGAAUACAUGACAAAUGGGUCAUUAAACCAGCUUUUACAUGGGAAGGAUGUAUAUCCUGACAUUCCCUGGUGCCUGAGAUUCCGCAUUCUUUAUGAAAUUGCUUUGGGAGUAAACUAUUUGCACAAUAUGAAUCCUCCAUUGCUGCACCAUGACUUGAAAACUCAGAAUAUUUUGCUGGAUGAUGAAUUUCAUGUCAAGAUUGCAGAUUUUGGCAUGUCAAAAUGGCGUGUCAUAUCCAUGUCACAAUCACGAAAUGAAACCUCUUUGCCAGAAGGAGGGACAAUUAUCUACAUGCCACCUGAAGAUUACAAUCCCAGUCAGAAAACCCGUGCAAGUGUAAAACAUGAUAUCUACAGUUAUGCAAUUAUUAUGUGGGAAGUGAUGGCAAGGAAACAGCCAUUUGAAGAAGUUAUAAACCCCUUGCAGAUAAUGUAUAGUGUGUCACAAGGACAGCGACUAGACUUAAGUGAAGAAAGUUUAUCAAUGGACAUUCCUCAUCGAGUGCUUGUCAUAAGAUUGAUAGGAAGUGGAUGGGCACAAAACCCAGAUGAAAGACCAUCGUUCUUAAAAUGCUUAAUAGACCUUGAGCCAGUCCUGCGAACAUUUGAUGAAAUAGCUAUGCUGGAAGCAGUAAUUCUGUUAAAGAGAUCAAAGUCACUAUAUGAAUCACGAUGUAUUUACAAGAGUGGGAAGAAAGCAGAUGUGGAGCAGAUAGCUCUAAAUAUACCUCUGAAUCCCCAGGAGGAAACAUAUUCUGGCUCCAUACAAUGUGAUGCACUUCCUCUUCGGAGCAUCUCUCCAGAUAUAUCAAGACUCAAGUCUGUUCCCAAAUGUAACAUCCUCUCAUCAGAUGGAAAUUCUGGGGGUCUACACUCUCUCAGCAGUCAGAGCACGGAUGAAAAUAUCUCUGUAACUCAGGGUGCCAAACUUCUUGUGCAUCCAUACAGUUAUUGUCCCUCGUCUGACAAGAGCAUUUCAGAUGCCUCAAAUUCUGCAUCGUGUAUGCUGCGGUCAUCACCAACUCCUUCAGAUUUUGUUUUGGAAACCAUACAACAGAAUGUAGCUCAUCAGUGGAUCCAAAGUAAAAGAGAAGAAAUUAUUGAUCAGAUGACUGAAGCAUGUUUGAAUCAGUCACUGGAUGCUCUUCUAUCAAGAUUUUUACUCAUGAAAGAAGACUAUGAACUUAUAAGCACCAAGCCUACAAGGACAUCAAAAGUCCGACAACUUCUUGAUACAUCAGAUAGCCAAGGAGAGGAAUUUGCCAGAAUUAUAAUACAGAAGUUGAAAGAUAACAAACAGCUAGGACUUCAACCUUAUCCAGACAUUGUAUCUAAUUCUCUAAGACUGCAUCUUUAAAUUUAUUCUUUCUGUAUGAAGCCAUGUGAAUAUUUCUUACAAUAUGAUUCUUGUUUCUUUAUAGUAGUUUUAUAUAUGCAUUGCUUUGUCUUUAUGGCGCCUUUGUAGAGUCUCAGAAAUGACACUGAGUUCAUCUAGACUGCAUUUGGUGAGUUAUAAAUUAAUCAGUUGGAGUGCCGUCAUAAAGCCAAACACUUGACAGUUUUUGACUCAAGUCAUACAAGUAUUUUGUUUAUACAUGACAAAGAAAAAACAUUAAAUGUUCCCUGUUUUACAUAUUUUCUGUUUAUACAUAUCCUUUCCUUUCACCUCACAGGAUUGAGAGAACCCAUCUCAACUUGGCAUAUUGGUUUUCUCCCUCCAUCUGGUCUUUCUCAUAGAGGGAGAAAAAAAUCUGGGUGCUUUAUUUUGGGGCUUGUAUGCUGUGUUUAUAAUAAAU